ACACAACAAACAACAGAGAACAGGUGGAGGUGGCGUUGGUAGCUUUGCUAAACACUGAAUGCUGUCUGCGCCGCAGUGGCAGUCCCUCUCCGCAAGAUAAGAUAGAGGCGAGGAAUGAGUAUAACAUUUAAUUUGGGCAGCCAGUGUGAUUACUGUGAGUCGGUCGUGCUGUGAACAGUGCUGAUUUCGGACACCCGCGGGACGAAGGCGUCAGAACGUUUGCCUGCGUCUGUUGCUAAGGCAGGCAGUCUCUCCCGGUCUCUCCCUGGUAUAAUCUUCUCAACUAACCAAAAUGGGCUCUGUAGUAGAGGAGGAAAUCGUCAAGAAAAACUACGGCUCGCCUCUAAAGCAUUCUCCAGAUUUCCACGGUCCUUUAAAGAGCCGCUCAUGCACCGAUGUUCUGUGCUUCUUACUGUUCUUGGUGUUCAUUGGGGGCUGGGUCGUAAUCGCCACUUUGGCCUACAAGACCGGUGACCCUGAGCGACUGAUCUACCCCACCGACUCCCUGGGCAGGAGAUGCGGUGUGGAUGACCUGGUCAAGGACAAACCUCACCUCUUUUUUUUCGACCUUACAAAAUGCGCGUCGCCGACCGUCUUGGUGACUGGCUGUCCCACGCCACAGGUGUGCGUCAAUAAGUGCCCUGACACAGACUUUGCUGCAAGUUAUUACUUGAUCAAGAAGGACCUGGCAGGGCUGAAGAAGCAUCUGAUUUGCAAAUACGAGAUUGACGUGUCCAGCAUCAAUUCCUUACAAAAGGCACAGGAACACAUUGACCGCAACGAGUGCGCCUCUUGGUACAUCCAAAGCAAACCACUGUCGUUCUUUGCCCCUGGCUUUAUGGAUCCAAAAACAAAUGAGACCAUUGCCGGGAGAUGCAUACCAAGCAAAGCUCUUGAGGCUGGCAGCGAGAUGGUGAGGCUGGUCAUCGAUGGCGAAAUGUACGACGCGAACAAGAUCAACUCUGAUGUCAUGGUCAACGCCACCAAAAUCCUCGCUGCUUUCUCCAGCUCGGAAGAGGUCGGCGAGAUGCUGCUGCAAGACUUGACAGGCUCGUGGCACUUGGUUUUGCUCGGUUUAGUCGAGGCCAUGGUUUUGUGCCUCUUCUACAUCUUCAUCAUGCGGUUCCUGGCCGAGCCCAUGGUUUGGUUGUCCCUGUUUGGCUCCAUCAUUUUGCUUUCCUUCUUCAUCUACACGUGCUAUGAGCGGUACACAACGCUGGCGUCGCUGUCGAUGUCUAAGCUGCCGGACCCAAGCCUGGGUGACAUCUUCACUGGCAACUUCAAAGCGUACCUGGCCGUGCGGGAGACGUGGCUCGUGAUGGGCAUCAUCGCCAUCGUCGUGCUGGUGAUUGUGCUGCUGAUCACCCUUGCGCUGCGCAACCGACUCCGCAUCGCCAUCGCGUUGAUCCGCGAGGCGAGCAAGGCCGUCGGCUCCACGAUGAGCACCAUGGUGUUCCCGGUGGUGCCGUGGCUGCUGCAGCUCGGCGUGCUGACCUUUGGCGUCAGCGUCAUGGUCUACCUUGCUUCCUCCGGCUACCCUGUCUACCGCGUCAACGGUAUGAGCAGCGGCGACUGCGUCUGCUCUUCGCCAGACUUCCAGGAUGGCUACGAGUGCAGUAUGGAUAUGUUCAAGAAAAUGUGCAAAGACAAGUCCGGCGGUGAGUGCCUGAAGGCUUCCUGCUCUUUCUACGCGUAUCGCAGUGACACCAGGAUCAAGUGGUUCCACUUUUACAACAUCGUCGGGCUCUUCUGGGGUCUCUUCUUCAUUUCCGCUUUUGGAGAAAUGGUUUUAGCAGGAACGUUCGCGUCGUGGUACUGGACUUUCAAGAAGGAAAACGUCCCCUACUUUACAGUUACCAACGCCUUCUUCAGAACCAUCAGGUACCACAUGGGCACGUUGGCAUUCGGCUCGCUGGUGAUCACGAUCUGCCGGUUGAUCAGGCUCGUCCUCGAGUGGGUGGACCAUAAGCUGAAGAAGUACCAGGACAACAGCUUCGCGCGCGGCAUACUGUGCUGCUGCCGCUGCUGCUUCUGGUGUCUGGAGAAGUUUUUGCGUUUCCUCAACCGGAAUGCGUACAUCAUGUGCGCCGUGCAUGGCAAGAACUUCUGCAACUCGGCCAAGGACGCUUUCUUCCUUCUCAUGAGGAACGUUGUCAGGGUCGUCGUCCUCGACAAAGUGACAGACUUUUUGCUCGGUCUUGGCAAGCUGCUGAUCGUGUGUGCGAUGGGGGCGCAGUGGUUCUACAUCCUGAGCAGGCGCGUGACCUACUUCAACGAGAGCGUGCCUGAGCUCAACUACUACAUGGUGCCAGUUUUCAUCAUCGUGAUCGGCUCGUACUUCAUUGCCUCCGUUUUCUUCAACGUGUACGCCAUGGCAGUGGACACUCUCUUCCUCUGCUUCCUUGAGGACAAUGAGCGAAACGACGGAUCUGCCGAGAAGCCAUACUUCAUGCCGGCAAAGCUCUUGAGAAUUCUUAGCAAGAAAAACAAACUUGAGUAGCAGGACCAAAUAUCUAUAGCGUGCCAAUGUUUUUGUAUUUUUCUAUGGUUCAUUUGUCUUGCAGCCGAGUUCCUCUUUUAUACAGAUUUUAAAGUAAAUUAUUUUCCCCACUAAUAUUGAAAACAUGACUCAAUGUUCUAUGUACUGAAGUAUUUUAACAAACGAAAAAAAAACUCAAAUUUAAUACACCUAUAAAUAAGAUUUCUAUUUUGUAGACGUAGAUAAUGGAUAAUCAUCAAAGAGGGUGUGAUCUCAGUUUUAAGCUUGAUUGUGUAUUCAUCAAAAGGCCAACUACCCAGCCGUAUUCAAUUAAAAUCAAAAUCAUUCAAACCAA